CAGUUCAAAAGUAAUCUACAGUUGUAUGCUGAGCUGCCUCAAUAUGCAGCACUGCACCUAGCACUAGAUGUUUGCAUUGUUAGAAUCAGGGUUGAGGCAGCUUUUGAAAUGCUUCCUUCUGUAAAUAAUUUCUCAUUUAAGCGGUCAUCCCCUGGGAUAACUUGGUUGUCUUGACAUAGUGGCUGGAUCAUAAGCUCAUUGCAGAGACAAUAGCCCCUAGCUAUAAGAGUUUCACGCUUUGCUUUAGCCUUUCUAUAGAGCUUGUUGCGUAGACACUCUUAUGCACAAAUUGCCUUCAGGGUUAUUGUCAUUGGGUACCAGCUUUUCUUUGUUUGUUCUCCAGUACCUUAUGGGGGAACUUUAUACAGACUAUUCCACCUUGAUCCAAAUCUCCUGUUACUUUCUACUCCUCUUCAGGCUGCUUUCGUUAAACCCACUCAGCUUCCCGUUCCCUGUCCUGUUUGGUAGGCUCCCCUUGCGUCCCACCAUGAGGCAUACUUACAUAGUGAAACUAAGUAUUAACUGUUUUAUCACCGUUUUGUUCUUUCAUGUUGCAGUUUUUUGAUCUGCCAGGAAAUUCAACCUGCUUCAAUUUUCUGCUUUUCUUUAUCCCGGAUGAUUCUAUCCCCAUAUUUAUUAUACAGUCUUCUUUAGCUCUUGUGUGCUAUGUUUAAGGAUAAUCAUUGUUUACAAGAACAUACAAGAAAGAAAAGACAGCCUGACUUGUUGGUUACUAGUCUAAAGAAAUUCUUCAUGCUGUGGUGUGUAUAAUAGGUAAUAAGAGCACCUUAUUUUCUCUAGAAUCAUCAAGCCCCAGUUAUAACAAUGCAAAUCUAGUGGUUGCCAAAGGGAACUCUUAUGAUUAACAGGUCAGAUGGACACAAAAUCUGUAACGUGUCUUAUCAACAACAUUUCUCGAUUCAUUAAUCUAGUUUCAUCUCAGACAAUGAAAGCUAUGCCUCUUCAGAAGGAUUACAGGCAACUAGUUGGUGUACUGAAGCUUUUGAAGGCAGUUCUCGAUGAAAUUGUUGAUUACAAAAUUCCUACAGAUGAAUUCCUAUAUAAAGAAUGUGAAGAACUUGACGUGGCUGUUAAUGAGACAAGGGACUUCAUGGAAAACUGGUCUCCAACCAUGAGCAAAAUUUGCAGUGUUCUGAGGAGUGAGCCAUUGUUGAUGAAAAUUUGGAGCUCAUCGCUCAAGAUUUGUCACCUUCUCUAUAGAUUGUCAAAGUCAUCUCCAUCUACUUUAAGUUCAACUGUUGUGCAGCACUGUAUGCAGGAACUUCAAUUUCUGAAGCUGGAAAGAAUAACGGAAUAUAUAGGAGAGGCUCUUCGAAGUGAAAGAGAUGAUAUUGUUCCCUGCACAGAAAAUCUGGUGAAGAUUACUGAGUUCCUUAGUUUGACAACAAACCGGGAACUUCUAAAAGAAAGUAUUUCUGUGGAAAAAGAGAGAAUAAAUACCCAGGUUAAUAACGUGGAAGGGGAAUCAGAUCAACUCUUCCAAAUAGUGAAUCUUGUCACCCACAUUCGUGAUUGCAUGGUUAAAAUUCAACGGUUUGAAGCCACAACUGGAGUCCUUGUCCCUUCAUACUUCCGAUGUCCUUUAUCAUUGGAACUCAUGUUGGAUCCUGUAAUUGUGGCUUCAGGUCAAACCUACGACAGGUCUUCCAUCCAAAAGUGGCUUUAUAAUGGGUUGACUAUUUGCCCAAAAACUCGUCAGACACUCACACACACAAACCUCAUUCCCAAUUAUACAGUAAAAGCCAUGAUAGCAAACUGGUGUGAAGAAAACAAUAUAAAACUUCAUAACUCUGAGCGCACUAAUUUUGUCUCAGUGUCAUCACCAUCAGAUCAUGCAUCUCCACGAGAUUUAAUUCAUACAGAUAGUUCCUCUUGUUCUUUACACAGUAGCAAGAUGACAUCAAGAUCCUCUCCCGAAGUUGGAAAUGAAUUUCAGAAGCAAAAGAGUGAGGUUUUGUAUAGAUUAGGUGUGGAGAAAUCCAACGGCGGAUUCCAAAUCAAGGAUACAGAAAACUUUGACCAUGCACCCCCUGAUCAGUCGUAUAUUCAUCACAGGAAUGAACCGGCCUCACGGGCCAUUUCCAGUGUUGAUUAUAUGCCUCCAUCAACGGAUCAGUCAUCAAGAACAUUUAACAAGCAUGAAAAUGUGAAUGAACUGUCUGGAGAAAUCACAACUGAAUUUCCUGCUGCUUCUCCUCAUUAUAAUGCACUGGGAUUUACCCCUUGGUUAUCAGGAAAGAAAUUUGACAGCUCCCAAACGAAAGUUGAAGUAGCAGGGAAUAGAAACCAUAAUUACUUCAGAGAAAACUCGCUCCCAUUUUUGGACUCAGGAUCUGAUGAAUUGACCACUAUUUCCCAUAUCAAGAAAUUGAUUGAAGACCUUAAGAGGCCAUCAAAUGAAGUGAAAGCUACAGCUGCAGAAGGGUUGCGGCUUCUUACAAAGCACAACAUUGAGAAUCGCACCAUUAUUGGCCAGUGUGGGGCUAUUGCACCUUUGCUUUCAUUGCUGUAUUCAGAAAUGAAGCUAACCCAGGAACAUGCUGUUACGGCCCUUUUGAAUUUAUCAAUUAAUGAAAACAAUAGGGCCAUGAUUGCUGAAUCAGGAGCUAUAGAACCACUUAUCCAUGUUCUGAAAACGGGAAAUGAUGGAGCGAAACAAAAUUCUGCAGCCGCUCUAUACAGCCUCUCUGUAUUAGAAGAAUACAAGGCAAAAAUUGGUCGUUCUGGUGCAGUUAAAGCAUUGGUGGAUCUUCUAGGCUCAGGGACUCUUAGAGGGAAGAAAGAUGCUGCUGCUGCUUUGUUUAACCUAUCAAUUUUUCAUGAAAAUAAGGCUUGCAUAGUUCAAGCCGGAGCAGUGAAGCACCUUAUUGAGUUGAUGGACCCUGCUACAGGGAUGGUUGACAAGGCUGUCGCUCUUCUAACAAACCUUUCGACAAUAGCGGAGGGGCGUUCAGCAAUUAAUCAGAAAGGGGGUAUCCCUUUACUGGUUGAGAUUGUUGAAGCGGGAUCUCGGAGGGGAAAGGAAAAUGCUGCCUCCAUACUGUUGCAAAUGUGCCUCCACAAUCCCAAGAAUUGUACCCUGGUGCUGCAAGAAGGCGCUGUCCCUCCCUUGGUUGCCUUAUCUCAGUCUGGCACACCCAGAGCAAAGGAAAAGGCUCAACGGCUUCUCAGUCACUUCCGUAAUCAGCGAGAAGAGGUUGCAGGGAAGGGAAAAUAAUGAAGAGAAAAAUUUUGUUGGUUUUCUUUUAUAUAUAUAUAGUUUUGCACUUUUAUACUUGUCAGUUGCUCUUCUUCAAGAUUUUCCUUUAGAGCUUUUUUCCCCAACACAUUCUUUAGUUUCAUAUAUGGCCUUUGCAGCAUAGAACUAUUUUUUUCUCCCUUAUCCUUCGUUCUUGUGAUAGUGAUGGAUUUGUGGUGAUGUGCAAAAUGGGACUGGAUUUUGGACACGGUACUAAUUUUAGUUUCCCUGAUAACAUAGCUUGGCCUGCAUGAUGUGUUGUUUUUAGGUCCUCAAUCAGUGUUGUAUUUGUAUUGUAUAUAUCCUACCAUGUUUAUGCUAUAUAUGUCAUAUACUCGUCU